AUGCCAACCUUCACCUCCGUCCUCCGCAUCCCAUUCCAACACACCGACACACCCCCAAACCGUGUAACCCUGGCCCUCAGCGCCGCAGCACUCCUCGUCUCGACCCUCAUCCUCCCCGCCGCCUACCGCGAUUACAAAAUCUUCAAAUCCUACGGACCCGGCGGGCCACCGAACAACGCGCUAGGAUGGAUUGUCGUGCGCGCGCUGUUCCAGCCCUUCGGGCGCGAGAUGCUCAGCACGGACGAGUACGUGCAACGCAUUGCGGCAGCCGAGGGCCACGGGAAGGGCGAUGAUGGGUUUUUGUUCUUAUCCGAGGAGCAGUUGGGCGGUCGACGUGGGGAAGAACGGCCUGUUGUUGGACCGCAUGUUGCACCGCAGAGACAGUUGACGCAGGUGCCGGAUAAAGCUGUUAUGGAGAAAUUCCGCUCUGCGUUUAGUGCCUUCGGACAUCAGAAUCAUCACCUUGUGAAAUUCCAAAAGUCGAAUCUGGAGCGCCAUGCUGAUGGGCUCUUUGUCGCGGAUCAUAUUCCUGUCUUUGGGAUUGCGAAGACUAUGAACCGUGAGAUUGCGCAUAUUCACUCGGGCAAUGACCACUCGGUUCAUGUGAUUCUUGCACCGGCUGAUUGUAUCAAAAUUAUCGAGGCUGGUUGGGGCCAGCGUCAUGCUUUCUCCGGUACAUCUGCGAUGACAUUUCUUUCGCUUGGUACGAGGCCCGAUAUCCCGGCGGAGUAUGUUUUGAUCUAUGCGCCGCGGACGGAGGCGGAGAUUGAGACGGUUAUACAGAUUGUUUCGGCGGGUGUUGAGUUUAUGACGGGGAGGGAGGAUGUGCGGUAG